AUGCCCCGGCACGUGGGCUUGUCCUACAAGGCACAGCCAAAGCCGCUUCUUAAGCAAGUCGGGGGUGUUUCGGUCGAGCCCAACAUGAAGGCAAAGCUGGUGAACUCUGGGAAACGGAAAGGCCGCUCAGGUUCGGGCUCAGAGCCUGAGAGAGCAUCAAGCUCAAGGCCCGAACCGGAAUUCGAUGAUCCUCCUUUGUCUACUUCGGAGUCGGAGGAUUCUGGCGAUGAGUCCAACAGAAGGGCAGACAUCAAGCCGACCACUUUUGUCUCAAAAAAAGACCUGCCACCUAGCAAAAUGAACUCGAAGGCAGGGAAUGGAGUAAGGGAAGCACCUCGGAGAGCAUCGUCUCGCGUAGCCAAGUUUACAAUGCCGUCUACAAUCGAUUCGGAUGAUAUUCAAGACAGUGAUGAAGACACAAGAGCCAGCAAACGGUCAAAGACAAGUCAAGAUACGGACACCACACCAUUUGGAUCUCAACACAGCUUUGGCUCCUCGCAAAGGACAGCAGACCAGAAAAAGUACGGCGGUAGCCAAAAGACGCUCAACAAGUCAUACAAACAGAACAAGAACCGAAUGAUGGAGACCAAAACCAUACGUGUGCCAAAGAGAAGGGGUCGACCCAGGACCCCUGAGGUCCCUAGGGCCAGAUUCUCAAUGCCAAGUGUGGACGGCAUUGAGUCGCCUUCCAAGUCAGGUGGCCAGUUUAUUUCUGUUGGACCCGACAGUUCACCUGUCAGCAGCGUCAAGAAUUACAAUGCUUCUGCUGUGCUGGACUCGUCGCCCAUGAAGCCACGAAGUGCGUUCCAGCCUCUUCUGGGAGACGAAGAUGUGCAGGUUCCCGUUUCGAGUGCAGCAUUGUCGGACAGCAGUGAGCUUUCAGAGGCAGAGUCUAUGCCAGAUCCUAAUGCGGAUGUUUGUCCCAUGUGUGAUGCUCCUAUCGACUCGGAUCUAGCCAAAGACCUAUCGAACAGAUAUAUGAGCAUAACAGAACAACAGAAGUUUUGUCGGCGCCACAAGGUUCGUGAGAGCACUGCACUUUGGAAGGAAAGGGGCUACCCAGAUAUAGACUGGGAUGAACUGGAGAAAAGAUUUGAGGAGCACACCGACCAUCUCGGCCAGGUUCUCGAGGCAAAAACGAAAUCACACUACCGCGAUGCGCUCUCGCGCAAGGUGAAAUCGGGCAAAGGACGCACAUUGCUCACUUCGCAAACAAGCCUUACACCGGGCUACUACGGCUUCAGGGGUCUAAGGUUAAUGACCGAGUACCUGGUCAAGCGGUUCUCCAGGCAGCUCAGGGAGCGAGCCAUCCAGGAUAGGCUGGUGGCUGCCAGGGGCCAUACUACAUUUGUCCAGUCUGUCUUGGUACCGGAGCUUGCUGUUCAGCUGAUGAUGGAGGACCUCGACAUCGAAGCCGAAGCUGCGAGGGAUGUUCUCCAGGAGAGUGCGAAGCUCGGUGAACUGCUCCAUGAGGAGGACAAGGACGUUAUACACGAUCUUGGGGAUGACAUGGAGCUUGAAGAGAAGAUCCCGUGCCUAAUUGUUAGCGUAGGCUUCGAAUGUGGCAUUCACUUCUGUACGAGGCAGUCUGACGCUCUAUUACUAGGAUGGCACAUUUUACUUCAAGAUUUUGUGUAUAUACAGACUCGCAAGGUUUCCUUUGACAUGUGCUUUCUCGUCCAUUCGAAGUGUAAUCCCGGCUGGACUUUAGACGACACUACUAUUCUGAAUCGGGGAAGCUUUCUCUAUUCCAGAGCAAGAAUAACAUGGGAUAAGGAAGUAAAAAGAUCGCAAGUGUGGUCAGGAAACAAGAAGGGUCUAUCAGCUCCAACACUACAUGAAGCAAAACAGCCCUCACCCGCUCUGAAGCCUAGGCAGAAACUUUGUUUCAGCGUGGUGCAGUCUACGCAACAGCCAAGAGACCUUUGGCUAGCCCUCCGAGGUCGGUGGUUGAGCGUCUGGUCCCCGAGCCUUGAUCCGGAAAUCAUGAAGCUACAGUUGACCGGCUGA